ACUACAUCUCUGUUCAACCGUUGCAUACCUCAAGCAACAGGAGAACGAAUCGGUUGUUCAUGCUAUUAUUUACAAAGGCAUACAGUUCAAGUCACCCAGACACAGUGUCAAUGGCUUUCUAUGAGACCGGACUGUUGGAACUAGUACCGGAAAGUCGUCAUCCUCGUACACUAGAUGGAAGAGGGAAGGCCAGCAAGGAGGAGUGGUGAGCUUUGGACACAACAGUCUUACAACUGAACCUUUUGCAACGGAAACUACAUUGUAGGGCUAUUGUCGAGAUGCAUGAUUGUCAGAAAGACAUGACAAAUUUACAAAGUAUAGAAUGCGGCGAAGUUACUUCAAUACAAGAUGAAGACAGCAGUGAACUCUUUGAAGACGAGUCUUCUCGUCCAACCCACACAUUGAAGAAGGCGCUUAACCUAAGUGAGCUGAGAGAAGAUAGAGGAGCUGAAUUUGAAGUAGAAAUUGAGGAUGAAGAAAGUAGUGAAGAAAAUGACUACUUUGAUGAAGAAGAGCUGAAAAAUAACUUAAAUUUUGAAUGUACAGAUAUAGCAUCAGAGUCCGAAGAUGAGGAAAAUUACAAGUCACCUUUCCAGCGUCUUUCUGAUAAAAUGACUGCUGUCACAAACGAUAAAGGGGUGUUGAAAAAAGAAGUUAAACCUGGAAUUGGUCCUGUGGUUUCUAAAGGAGCUUUUGUGACUGUUCACUAUAAUAGUUACCUGGAGUACAGUGAAGAACCUUUUGAUUCAACACGACUGCGGAAUCUCCCCUUUAAGUUCUUGUUAGACAGGGAAAGAGUUAUUUUAGGCUUGGAUGUAGGAGUGGGAACGAUGAAAAAGGGAGAAGUAGCCCAGUUUCUCAUCAGACCCGAAUAUGCUUUUGGCCAGAUGGGUUGCCCCCCUCGUAUUCCACCAAAUGCCACCGUUAUGUACGAGGUAGAACUCAUCAGUUAUAUUGAUGGAGCAGCAGCCGAGUUUGAUGGCCUGACUCCCGAAGAAAAAAAGGAAGCUUCAUUCGAAAGGAUUCUGGCAGUGUGCAAGUCUCAGCACCAGGCUGGAAAUGAAUUCUAUAAAAAACAGAUGUACCAAAAGGCUAUUACCAGGUAUAAAAAAGCUGUACAUUUACUAGAAACCUUCUCACUUGCUAAUGAAGAACAGGAGAAGCAGCAGCAGAAUCUGCUAAUGAAACUCUACCUGAACCUAUCUCUUGCUAAUUUAACGAUCAAAGAGGCAGGCCGUUGCAUAUUCUUUGCUAGACGUAGUUUGGAAAUUCAAAACAAUAAUGUCAAAGCGUUGUUUAGAAUGGGUAAAGGUUUCAUGAUGAAAGGAGACUUUGAGAAAUCGCACAGUUAUUUCCAGCGUGCCUUAAAGCUGAGUCCAAAUGAGCAGGAAAUUAUUGAAGAAAUUAGAAAACUGGAUAAACAACAAGCAGAUUAUGAAAUGAUGGAAAAGGAUUUUUGUAAAAAAAUGUUCAGUCAACACAAAAAAACUCCUGACCAGAAAGCUGAUAGUGACACUAAUCAAAACCUUUGAUUGAGCUUAAUCGGAGGUUCAGGGUAAGAUGAGAGAACGUUUAUUAGAGUUCCAGAAAAGUGAAUCGUGCUUUCCAACCAACCUGUCAUCACAGCAAAUGGAGAUUAUUAAUAGUCUAGUGAUAAUACUUUGAUUAAGCUACUAAAAUUUGCCCCUAACAAUAUUUUAUAACUUUAGAUACUGUAAAUUACUCAUUAUUCGCAUGGAAUUAACUUUUGCUAUUUUCACAGUAUGUAUUUUUCCACGUGCCUUUAUAAGUGAUAAAUUCAACUCAAACAGACAUAUACAAGCAAAUAUUAAUUAUUCUGUAGUUCAUUGUUUCAUAUUGCUAAAAAAUUUAAAGUAAUUUUAUACCCAUCAAGCCAUUUGAGUAACCGUUUUUCAAUAUACUAUAGGCAGAUAAUAACUUGUAAUCUGGAAACGGCAAACAACGAGAUGUAAACUGUAGUUAGUUAAGUACUUGCAGUAAUGUGCCCAGAGAAGUUCAAUGCUUUCAACAGCUGAAUUACCAGCAUGUCACUUCAGUUACACAGCAUGAUUGCAAAGGCUUAUAGUAUGGAAAAUAUUGCUUAGAAAAACAAUGUCUAAAAACGUUUUAUAUAUUUAUGUAAUGGAAAAUUGUUGCAUUUUCAAUUUAAGUUUUCUGCAAAAGUUAAAACCCAUGAAACAAGUUUCAGUGUAAAACCAUAAAAAAUUCCUGUGAAUACUAAGUAAGCUACAGUUUAAGUUUUUUUAAUAUACCUGUUUCUUUACUUCCAAAAAUUCUAUAACUAUUUAUAACAAAUAAUGAAACUUUCACUUUUUAUUUGUCUGUUUACAAAAGUUUUUUGUGGUUAAUAUAUGUUAGCAAGCGAUGACAUAACUUUGAUGACAUUUUUCAGUAUUAACUUUGUUUUGUUAAUGUUCUAGGAUCAUUCCAAACAAAUCUGGUGACAAAACUACUAAUUUUUUUCUUUCUUUCUUGUAAUUCAAAAUAGGUUAGGGUUAUUUUGUAUUUCUUUUAACCAAUUACCAAAAAAAGGAUUUGUUGACAAGCAAACUGUAUCCAAAAUGUUAAGUAGUGUUUGGUCAAAAAAUGUAAUGUUAGCUUUGGUUAGAAAAUAUAACAAGUACGUAAGUUGUUGUAGAAUAAUGUUAUAUCUAAAGUUCAAACUUGUCUCUAAAAUAUAUUUUUUUCUUUCUCAGCAUUAGGAGAUUAACUGUAGGUGAUCGUGAUAUUACAUUCUAAGAAUAUAAUGCUACGGCUAUGUGCUAUUCAUAACCUAAGACUAUGUUUUUAUAGUUAAGAAACUAGUGAUUUAAGACAUGGUCAAAAUUUGUUUCUGAUACCAUCACAUUAUAAUAUUCUUUGUUUAUAUUACAACUAGUAUUAUUUGAAAUACACAAAAUCAGGCUGAAAUCCAUUUGAGUCGAUCAAUAAAAAUUCAAGUCUUGUAUGAAACAUACUAGUAUAACUAUUAUUUUAUGACACGUUACAGCUCUUACAGUAAGGAAGAAUAUUUUUUAAAACAGGUACAACAUUUUGAUCAUCGGUGCUGAUCAUUCUCGAGAACUUGUUAUGCCAGUUUUAUCCAAGCUUGUUCUCAAUGAAUAAAUAUAAAAUAUUCAUGAAAGUGUUUGUUUUCCACAAAGAAA